AUGGAGCCCUCAAAGCAGACUGCCACCGCUGUGUCGAUCCCAUAUCGGCGAAGGACAACAACAGGAUGUCUCACCUGUCGGAUGCGACGUAAGAAAUGUAACGAGGAGAAACCGAAUUGUGUCGGUUGCAGGCAGAACAAACUUAUAUGCAACUGGCCAUCCAAUGAUAAAACAGCGAAGGAAGUGUCUUUGUCUCGGAUUAGAGGGCAAGUAGGCUCUACGGCCAGAAAUGCUGCUGUUGAUCGACCCAUAUUGCGCGCUACUACGCCCCAUACAGUGCUACCAGAGGUCAUAAUUGCAUGCGAUCAAAACAGUGUUCCCCACCCACUUGGAUUCAUGCCCGGUAUACGAAGAGCUUCCGAUUGGCAUCUUUUUGACCAUUACGUUGGGGUCACAGCGGUACAACUAGCAGGGCGAUUGGCGCCUCGGAACGCGUUCCUUAGCCACCUACUCCCAGUGGCGUACCAAGAUGCACGAGUUGUACAGUGCAUUCUAGCUCUUAGCGGGGCCCAGCUUUGUUUCAGAUCCAAUCAAUUCGAAUAUAAUGCACGCUCUCACUACAUGGCUAGCCUUCGUAGUGUUAAGCAUGCUCUCCUUACUUGGCGCUCAUUGACUACCACCGAGCUCGUCGGACUGUUGACUACUACACUAUUACUCUGCUACUUUGAGAUUUUGAUUUGCAACACUGAAGGGCAUUUCUUCUAUCAUCUCCGAGCGAGCCGCGUACUCCUAAUCGAGCUAAGAGAUUGCCGCGCUGACCAGGUCGACCAAUCUUUACUCGACUUGCUUACUGAGUUCUAUGCAUACUUUGCAAUCUCUACUACCAUUACCUUGCACACGGACCUACCAGUAAACCGCCAUAUCCCCGAAGACUCUUUUCUCUCAUCUGCCGCUCUUUCUUCUCUCAAUCGAGGCAAUGACAUCUACGGUGUCUUGUUUGGUUCCGCACAUGGUCUCUGGGGCCUUAUUAUGCCCAUAGCCAGGUCAGCCCGCUACUUUGGCCAACAUCAGAACGUCAACCAGCGCGACAUCAACCUAAGAAAGUACGAGAGCGAGAUACUUUCCUGGACUUACACUCCAUUUGGGCAGCCAUCAACAGGUCAGGACACAGCCCUAGAUCCAUAUCAGUUGGCGGGUGAAAUCUACCAGCAAACGCUUCUCAUCUUCCUCUACACAACCUUCAAUGGCCCUAAUCCCCCCACGCCAGAUAUCUACGCCAAGGUAGACGCUUGCGUAGCGACUGCGCUACGACUUGUUGCAAAGAUCCCGUUAACACACCCACUUCAAACCACACUAACGUGGCCUAGUCUGAUUGUCGGCUCCUGCAUGCGCAACCCAUACGAUCGGGCGGGAAUCAAAUACCUCAUGAAACAACAAUUAUGUGCUACAAUGUUGGAUCUGAAAAGGAAUCUAAAGUUUCUGCUCCAGCUCUGGGAAUAUCAGGAUAAAGAUGAGACGGUGUAUGGGCCGUAUGGAAUUGAACUUGUAAUAAAGCGAAAGAGCCUUCACCUGUGCAUAGCAUAA